AUUAGUCUGGGAUCUACCAAUCGACAGCAGUGACGAAACUACACGAGCUAACCUCCCAAAGGACGAUAGCUUCCUCCUCCUCUUCUUCUUCUUCUUCUUCUUCAUCUUCUUUCCCCCGAUCGGACCGAUCCUCAAAUCGCUCCGUGGAAUUUUGAACAGAGCUCAGGAAUGGAGAGCCUGUGGCGAUCGGCGACGUUCCAAGCCCCGAACCCGGAAGAGUACAGCGGGAUCGAGUUCUGGUCAAACCCAGAGAGGGCCGGGUGGCUGACGAAGCAAGGGGACUACAUCAAGACGUGGCGCCGCCGGUGGUUCGUACUGAAGCAGGGGAAGCUCCUGUGGUUCAAGGACCCCAAAGUGACCCGCUUCUCGGCCCCGCGCGGCGUCAUCCCGGUCUCCAAUUGCCUCACCGUCAAGGGCGCCGAGGACGUCCUCAACAAGCCCUUCGCUUUCGAGGUGUCCACGAGCCAGGACACUAUGUACUUCAUCGCUGACUCCGAGAAGGAGAAGGAGGACUGGAUCAAUUCCGUCGGGAGGUCGAUCGUGCAGCACUCUCGAUCCGUCACCGACUCCGAGGUUGUCGAUUACGAUGUCGAGCGGUGAUCUCCUGAUCCGAACGGGUAGGGUAGGCUUCUGCUGCUUCUUCCUCCUUUCACCCACUUUGUACAUUAGAGCGGGCUGAUCAGGUUCCGGGUAGUAACUGUAACGAGUUAAUAGCAUAAUCCUCGUACCUUUGUUCUUCAAAUUUCAACUGCAUGCGUGAGAAUAGCUUCCGUUUGAUUUAACCUCAGUGUGAGGUCGUGGGAGUGAUGGUUGUUGAAUUGUGGCAUUUCCUCAAGUUGUUCUUUGCUCGAUUUCCAAAGUUUGGAUUUUUCUACUAUUCGUGGUA